AUGGAAGAAAAUGAUCACGGCAACAGAGAUGUGGUGGAGCGGCAGGAGUCGGCGGACGAAUCAAACAGAGCCAUCCUUCCCCUCUUACAGGCGCCGGGGAACUUGCAGAUCCCUCACCGGGUCACCAAUUUUUUCAUCGACAACAUCCUGCGGCCGGAUUUCGGACGGAAAAAGGACGGUGGCGCAAACCGCGAAGAGAGUAGCCUUGCGUCGCGGGAGAGCCACAACAGCCCAACCGCCCCUCAGACCGAACCGGUGGGGAGCACUGUGCCAGCAGAAGGGACCUCCACUCCACACACGGUUACCGGGACCAAGAAGCCUGCUAUAGCCGCCGAGGAGCCCCUGAAACCCCGCGGGGAGAAUGGAGACCAGUGCCUAAGCUCAGACUCAGACAGUUCCCAAGCCAGCUCAAACCCAUCCAUGUCUCAGCCCAUGUUGUGGCCAGCCUGGGUCUACUGCACCAGAUACUCGGAUAGGCCUUCUUCAGGGCCAAGAUCUCGGAAACCAAAGAAGAAAACGACCAGCAAAGAGGACAAGCGACCACGGACGGCCUUCACAGCAGAACAGCUGCAAAGACUCAAAUCGGAGUUUCAGACAAAUCGGUAUCUGACGGAGCAGAGGCGACAGAACCUGGCGCAGGAACUGGGCCUGAACGAAUCCCAGAUCAAGAUCUGGUUUCAGAACAAGAGGGCCAAAAUCAAGAAGGCUAGCGGCGCUAAAAACUCUCUGGCCUUGCACCUGAUGGCACAGGGACUGUACAAUCACUCCACCGUCACGUCGAAAGACGAAAAAUCAGACAGCGAUUGA